GGAAACGUCAUUGCCACUCCUCCCACUAGUAGGAAGGGCGCAUCCGGGAUAGGAUAGCUAGCUGGCUAGCUCAACUCAACAUAGCCAUGGCAGUUAACCUCAGCAAAAAUGGCAGCGCUUUAACAGCAGCGUAUCAGGAAGUCGUAAAUGAAAAAUCAGACACCAACUGGGCCUUAUUCACCUACGAGGGAAACAGUAAUGACAUCCGCCUGGCAGAUAAAGGAGAUGGAGGACUGGAGGAGCUGGUUGAAGAGCUUAACAGUGGAAAAGUAAUGUAUGCAUUCUGUCGGGUGGAAGAUCCAAACUCUGGUCUGCCAAAAUAUGUCCUCAUUAACUGGACUGGGGAAGGAGUGAAUGAUGCAAGGAAAGGACUUUGUGCAAAUCAUGUGAGCUCCAUGGCCAACUUUCUUAAGGGGGCCCACGUCACAGUAAAUGCCCGUGCCGAAGAGGAUGUAGAACCUGAGGUGAUCAUGCAGAAGGUGGCCAAAGCCUCAGGAGCCAACUACAGUUUCCACAAAGAAGCCUCCAGCCGCUUCCAGGACAGUGGCCCUCAGGGUCCUGUGGGAUCUGUGUACCAGAAGACCAACGCUAUGUCAGAAAUCAGGAAGACCAACAAGGACACAUUCUGGGCACAAGCAGAGAAAGAGGAGGAGAGGCGUCGCCUGGAGGAGAGGCGCAAGGCAGAGGAGGAGCGCCAGCACCUGGAGAAGGAGAGGAAAGACAGGGAGGUCAAGGAGGCAGCACUGAGGGACAAAAGGGACAAGGAGAGAGCCGUUCAAAUUGAGCAACAGAAGAAGUACCAGCAGCAGCAGGAGGCUGAGAGCAGAGAGCAAGAGAAACAACGCAAGGAGCAGCAAGAGGAGAAUCGGGCAGCCCAGAAGGAUGCAGUCAUUCGAGGUGAAUCUGUGGAAAAAGCCAACGAGGCAGCUUCUCUCAUCUCUCAGCGUGCUAUGAACCCUAGAGAGAUGUUCAAGCAGAGAGAAAGGGGAAUAGCUCCCAAUGACUCUUCUGUUGCCCCUGGGGGCACCCAGCCAGGGCGUCUGCAAAGCACUUUUCUCUCUAAGCAAACAUACAAACCCGAGCAGGCCAGCUCCCCUCAACGUCAAGCGUCCCCAGUGCCAGCAGUCUCUGCCUCCCCUGUCCAUGCUGCAGAGCCAGAUGUGGAUGAUGGACAGUCCAGGUGUGAGUAUGACGCACAGGAGGCGGCCCCUGAGGACCAGUUAAAAGUUGAGGAGGUGCCAGCUGCAAGCCCCUGUGUCCAGGAGCCUUUUUAUGAAGAACCUGCUCAGAUUGACGAGAACAACUAUGAGGUGACUACAGAUGAGACGUCUGAUAGAGGCAUCUGUGCCCGGGCCUUAUAUGACUACCAGGCUGCUGACGACACAGAGAUUUCCUUCGAUCCUGAUGAGAUCAUCACAGGGAUCGAGAUGAUAGAUGAGGGAUGGUGGCGAGGUUACGGUCCUGAUGGCCAUUUUGGAAUGUUCCCAGCCAACUAUGUUGAGCUCGUAUAAGCCUGCACACUUCUCUCAGUCACACAGGGAACCUCCCAUUCCGGCAAGCCACAUUACGGAGCAAUGAAUGGACAGCCAAUCUGGGCCAGGAUAUUUGAAAUAGUCUUCAUUUCAAGCCAGCUUUAUCAACGUGUUCGUGUUUUAAAGCGGUAAAAGCCUUCUUCAACACUUUACCUGUAAAUGUGAUUCCAUGUUGUGUUAAAUCUUGAAUUUGAAUUUGUGAGUGUAAACAGCAUUUCAGGUCCACAUUCCUUUCAAAGUGACUAAUCGGUGAGGUAUUAUUUUAUUGUUACGUGUCGUAGCAACAGCAGCAGCUUGCGUGUGAUUCAGGGAGGAAAAAAAAAAACUAAGAUGAUGGUACGAGUUUUUUGUUGCCUUUGUUUUUCAGACGACCAAAUCUCCCUUUUUAUGUGACCUUAGAUCAUGUAUGCAUUUCGCAGUUUUAGACUGGUUGAAGUGAAAUUUACAAAAAUCACACUGUGUGCUCCCUUCUGGGUUCUUGACUGUUUUGAUGUGAGGUGGUGCUGACUGAAUAUCAGAUUAAUUUGAUGUGAAUGUGUAGGCUGACUUCUUGGUUUCUUCAUUCCAAUCAUCUUUUCUAAGAUGAGUGUAGAAGAAGAAAGCGCUUCAAUCGGCACGGUUGUUUUCAUUCAUUGUUCCGGAAUCUGGCAGGUGUGUAGUGUUAUCACAGUUAAGCCCACAAUUAUUCAUCUCGAUUUUGAGUUGAAAGUGAGGUAUAUUUGUUGUUCAAUACCUUUUACAUUUUUUGACUAAAGUUUCUUAUACACAAAUUAAAACUUAUUCAGAACAGGCAUAUACAAUGUUUAAAUAUUUAAUUGGAAUGUUCUAAAUGAUGCUAGAAGUGAUCUGGAUCCUUCAUAAAAAGUGUCAUUUUCAGCUAAAAGAUAGACAUUCAACUGAUAAAAGGAAAAAAUACUUUCACUCCAAAAUUGGCCAGCAUGAAUCAUUUUGGGCUUAACUGUCUAAAGAUGUUACCUUGCGAUAACGAGGCCAAAUUAAUGCAAUGAGUAAAAGCCUUCAGUGACAUUUUAAAAGACCACAAAAAUCUAUUUGAUCUUGAAACAACCUUGUAGCUUUUUAAAAAGUAUGAAUCACAAUCAUCCAAAGGAAAAACAUGGACCACAGCGUCAUUUAUCAGAGUAUUGUAAUGCAUCCUUUGUAAUAAAACUAAUAAACACA